GCUGACCGUGCGCGUGAAGCCUGGUCUACCUUCGUUGUACAAUGAUCUGACGGGAAUGUCCUUGGACACCAAAUAAUUCGUCGUCAUUUACUGGCAGCCGCCAUCUGUCUCCCAUCUCACGGCCGUCGUCGAAGGGUCACGUACUACUAGUACGCUACCGGUGCGAGUCUACUACUAGUCCGACUUUCGAGAAUAUCCUCUCGAAAAAAGGCCCAAUUAUCUGACUCCCAGUCCCAUGCAUUAACCCCGUGUGUAUAAAGUCUGAGGAUCCUCUAGUCCGAGAUGAUUCAGACGCAGACGGUCGAUCGCCACGCAGUUGACCACCUGUCAAACGAUCGUGGUUGGCCCGCGUUGCCUCAGCCUCGUCCGCUGCGUCUUCUCUCUAUUCUUCAACACGCACUCGCGCUCCUGCGCCUGAGCCGGUGGACUCUGUCCUCCUCGUAGCUUCGGUAUGCCCAAGUCGACGUCUUCGCGGGUUGCACGACUGCUGUUCGUCGCCGCAUUCGGUCUCCCCGCUCUGGGAAAGCUCUAUGUCACUGCACCCGUCGACGGGACGACUUGGACUGCAGGGCAGAACCAGACAAUAUCCUGGAAGGACGACGGAUCCGACCCCGCCCUCACGAAGUUCGGCAAGGCAAGCGUUGGUAUCUACGUCGGGAGCGCGACCGUCCAGACGCGAGUCCAGAACAUUGUCUCGAGCGUCGACGUCGCCACGACAGAGUCGAUCGUCUUCACACCAGAUCCCACCGUGGGGGCCAACGGCGACUACUACUUCAUCCGCUUUCAGUCCCUCAGCCUCAAGGACGCGAACAACUCCGCCUUCCCCGCGGAGGCCUUCUCCGCGACCUUCACGAUGACCGGUAUGACGGGCUCGUUCAACGCCUCUGAGCACCCCGAGCUCGGCUCGAUGGCGACGGCGGCGACUAGUGCGGCAGCGGGCACGCAGUCUGCGGGCGCGAUGGCCGCCACGACGGGCUUCAGGGUCGCGACGAGCUCGCGUCCGCCCGACGCGGUGCCCACGACGAUAACUGGCGUGUCUGCGAAUGGCGCUGCGCGCCGCGUUGCAGGCGUUUCGGUUGGGAGUGCAUCGCUGUUGGCUGCAUUGCUAUUGGUGGGGUGGAUUUUGUGAGCUGAAGUGGCUGAGGGGUCGCGGUUGAGAAGGACAUGCUAUAGCUCUCUAUUCCAAUUGACUUGUCUAUGUUUUAACCUGUAAUCUGGAUGUAGCAUAGGGCACUUGGAACAUUACUAGCCGACGCGGACAGACCAUUGGGACAUUGGACAAAGACGGCUAUCGAACUGAGCUAAUCGAGCACGUCAUAAACCGUGCGGAUGAUAUGGUCCGCCUUCCUGCCCGUAUGGCGGACGAAGCCCAUCCAGUCCAGUGUAUGCAGCGCGCGCAUGAAUCGCGCCUGCACCUCCUCCACCCACUCCUCGCUCUCCUCCUCGGCGCUCGCACCUUCCUCCUCGCUCU